GCGCGCUGGGCGGAUGACGUACUUCCGGCGUGUGUGCGUUGUCGGGUGGUGGCGGAGCUGCCCCGCGGCUAUGCCCGCUGGAGUGCCCUGGCCCGUCUACUUGAAGGCGCUGGCGGCCAGCAUGCUGGCCAUGUUCGCCGGCGCCGAGGUGGUGCACAGGUACUACCUGCCAGACCUUAGUAUACCUGAAAUACCUCCUAAGCCUGGAGAACUGAAAACAGAACUGUUGGGUCUAAAAGAAAGAUCAAGCAAAGUUCAGACUUCACAACAGUGACCAGAAUUUACUUACGUUGUGAAAACUAGAACUGAUAAAAUAUUUGUUCAACUGUCUCAGCUGCAGAAAUCCACGUGAAAUACUGUACUCCUUUAACACUUUCGUUUGAUUUUGUUUAAGCAGUUGUAGGCAGCAUUAAAAAAUGUAUGAUGAAUACUGUUGUUCAUCGAUUGUGCGCCAAAAUGCUUAUGACUUCUUAAUUUUGAUGCAGUGUAAGUGUCCUUCAGAAUAAAAGCCGUAAACUUAGAUUGGCGAGUCUGAUGCAAUUUGAAGCUUCUAAGCCAAUGAAGUAGUAGGGGAGGUUUAGCAUACUGAAAAGUCAAGCUUUUAUGGCCACUCAUUAGCCUUAUCAAGCUUACUGGUUCAUCUGUAGUAGAACCCGCUGGCAUUUCUCCACUUUUUAAACUGUAACUCAGUUUACUGGAUGGAACCCAGAACCAGUUACAGUACGUGAUGGCAUGUACAAGUAAGAAAGAUUCCCUAUUGCAGUGCUUUUUGCACUGGACUCCUGCUAAUGCUAGCUGAGUGCUGUAACAACCUUUACAUUGGUUUUCUGUAUUAUUGACAGAAAAUAUGCCUUGGUCCACUGAAAGGCUGGGGAGGAUCUAGCAGCUCCUGUUUAAGUGGAGAAAAUACAUACAGAUUAUGCUGAAAUUACAUGUUUGUACUCUGCUCAGGCAUCUUCUGUUUACAGCUGAUUUUAAGAGCAAUAAAUAUACAAAACUCUGAAAAACC